UAGCUUCUUGGUUCCUCUAUCGCCGCAGGCUUUUAGGGCCUUACCCGACUGUCAUCUGGCUACCGCGACGCGAGUAGAAGGAAGCGGCGGCCGUCAUUGUACGUUGUCCCCGCAGCCAGCGGUAAGCGAGCGCGCUCUCGAAAGCCUAGGGGUCCUGCAACCCCAAUUCCCCGCGCCAUGGCAGUUCCAGGUUGCAACAAGGACAAUGUUCGAGCAGGCUGUAAAAAAUGUGGCUACCCUGGUCACCUGACUUUUGAAUGCCGCAAUUUUCUCCGAGUAGACCCAAAAAGGGACAUAGUUUUGGAUGUUAGCAGCACAAGCAGUGAAGAGAGUGAUGAAGAGAAUGAAGAACUGAAUAAAUUGCAGGCAUUACAAGAAAAAAGAAUAAGUGAAGAAGAGGAGAAGAAAAAAGCAAAAAGCAAAGAGAAAAUCAAGUUGAAAAAAAAAAGAAAAAGGUCUUAUUCAUCCAGUUCCACUGAAGAGGAUACUUCAAGACAAAAGAAACAAAAAUAUCAGAAGAAAGAAAAGAAAAAAGAGAAAAAGAAUAAGUCAAAAAAGGGGAAGCAUCACAAAAAGGACAAAAAGAAGAGAAAAAAGGAAAAGCAUUCCUCAACUUCUAAUAGUUCUGAAAUCUCCAAAAAGUAACAGACUUUGCCCUAAGCCAUUACAUUUUAAAAUUUGGUUUUGAAAAUUAACUUUCUUUGACAUUUGCUAUAUAAUUAUGCUUUGCAAUAAAUCACAGCCUUUUGCAUAUAGACAUGUUUUUCACAUAUGGUACCAUUUUUGUCUGGCAAUAUUUUAAUGUGCUAUGAUUAUAAAAUUUUGAAUCAGUCUUAUUACUUGAUAGCCAUGGCCCAAGUAUGAAUAUUUGUGCAGCAAAACUCAUCAUUUUUGAUAUUAUGUUUCUGUGUGUAUGGCAAGUAUUAUUACUUCAUAAGUUGACUGUAAAUGGCUUAACUGCAGUCAACACAGAUAAUUUAUCUAGCAGUUAAUUAGUAUUAAUUAAGUGUCCACCUUCCAGCGAUAAAGUGAGGUAGGGGAUGAUGCUUUGCACUUGACACUGAAAAUUUUAAUAGUUUUAUAUCCUAUGAUAAUGUAUAAAGAUAGUGAAAUUCUUCACUGUUUUUAAAUCUAGACUUUUUUGUUUUGUUUUGUUUGAAUGUCAUAGGAGAUGAAGCUGCUUUAUUGAUCUCAACCAAAACUUAAGUGAAUGGUGUCAGUAAGAAGAUGAUAAUUAAAAUAUUUGUAACAAAACUUCACUGUUUUCUGAAAUGCAGAGUUUCUAGUACCUGCCUCUUUCAUUUUUGAAACAAAAUACUUAUUCCUUGUUUCAAAAGACAAGUCUAGUUCAGCCUGUUUGUAAGUCUCAUAGAGAUGAUGCUGUGUUGGGCAGGAUUUUUAGAAUAGACUCCUGGGUUGUUUCACAAAUAUGCCAUAUUGGCAUGUCUUAAAGAGAUACCUCAAACACAUGAACUUUUUAUUUAGAAGAAUAACAGCUAAGUCUUCAUUAGGACUGAUUUUUAUUGUAUUCAGUAUGUAAAUUUUAUGAAGCUUGUUUCUGUGAGUAAUGUGGACAAUUUUUAUAAAUGUGAACAUAUAUAUAUUUAUUUGUCUGAAAUAAUUUGUAGUUUUAAAGCAGGUUUCCACUGAACUUAAUGGUUUCAUAAAUGACUAGUUUGGGGUGUUUCUCUCUUUUACUUCAGUCAUACACCUCAGGAGAGUAACCAAAAUUUAGGAUUAAGAAUUUUACUCUGUACUUUUUAAAAUUUAAGAGCCAGGGAGUUAUAUCAUGAAAGCCUUUAUAUAAUAAUGGAAAUUUUAUAUGAGUAUCAUUUUCAAACCCAUAUUAGUAGAUAUAAAUGUUUCUACAUUUUUUAAUUUCACCAUGAGCAAUGUUACUUCGCUUAUUACUUGGGUAUCCUUUUUGUCCAAUAAGCUAAAUACUUAUUAGUGUAGCAGCAUCAAAAGUCAACUAGUUAUCAUGGCACAGCACCAAAGAUUGCAAGUAUCUCACAGUGGUGCAGUUACACAUUUUCGCAUUGGUGGCCUGUACACAUGGCUGCACGUGAAUUCAUUAUGAUGAAAUCAGUAUGAGUACACAUAACCUCACAGGCUGGAAAGAUGUACUGAUUCUUCCUUCACCCCUCCCUUGCAUGACCUCAGUGAGACUGAGAGAGCCUCAUGACUCCCCUUAACAUGUGCUUACCAAGCUCAGAUUCUAGGGAGGCUGUAUCCACAUCUCUGUCUUGGCAUCAUAGCCACAGAAGAUCUCACUUCCAGCUUUUCUAUAACCUAAUUUAGUCCUAUGCCUCCUUAAAAAGAAAUCCUCUUGUUUAUAUAACUUAGUUUGUUAUUUGGAGGGAAACAGAGUGUUAUUGGGUUUUUAAGUGUUUGUUUUUCCCUUGCUGUAGUUUAUGUAUUUUAGAAAACUAUAUUUUGUGAAAAAACAAUAUUUUGGUUAUUAGGAUUAAAAAAAUGUUAAAAAAAACUUUUAAAAAUGGUUAGAAAAUGCUGCGUGCAAAAAUGUUCUCAUCCUAUUGAGACAUGGCUAAAAAUAAUACUUAUAGUGACAAUCCAGUUAUUUUUAACUUUUAUUUCUUUUAAUUGUAGAGAUUAAAAGAGUUGGCUCAUCAGAUUUGUUUUCUGAAUGGGGACACAAUCAGUGGCUUUGGAGAAUUAUAUAAAAUUCAGCCCUUAUUAACUAACAUAGUAUGGAAAUUAAGAUUUCAAUGCUUAGUAAUUUUUUCUCCCAGAAAAAAACCUUGGAAUUAUUAAGUAAACUUCCCAUAGCAUGAGCGUUUUUGAAAGAUCUACUCUGAAUAAAAUCAUUUAUUUUUACUAAAGUAACUUUCUUCAAAAGUGAUCUCAUUAUUAAUAUUGGGGUUGAAUGAAAAUCUCACCAACAUAUUGUAGGAGAAAAUCAGUGACAUUUACUCUCAGGCAGUAUGUAGCAGAAGGAAAACUGAACUUAAUAGUAAAAAUCCAAAAGUUCUAGUUGUUCUAACUACCUGUGUGACCUUCAACAAAGCCAUUUACCUUCUCCGGGCCUUGGUGUCUUUCAUUUACAAAAUGCUGUACCAAAAUAUUUCUGAGAUCCCUUCUAGCCCUUAAUGUAUAUGAUUAUCAUUAUUAUAGUAAAAUUCAGGUAGUAUUAUUUUAUAAAUUAUAUUCACUUAGAAAUAUAAAUUAUUAUAUUCAUUUAGAUAUUAUUACAGAGAAGCAGGUAGCAUUCUGUAAGGGUAAAUGUUGAAUUUACUAAAAUAACCUUUAAACACAGGUCACUUCUUUAAAAGUAGAUAAUUGAUAUUGGUUCACAUCCUGAGCACCCAAUGUAUGUCAUUUUCACUAGAUGCAGACAGAAUUUAUGUUUAGAUCUGUAUCUGUAACCGGUUACCUGAACACUUUGAAGUUAUUGCUUUGAGGCUGAUGGAUCUACUUCCUACACAGUUCCCUGUUUCUUUUCUCUAUAUCGUCUGUUGGGUAAAAUCUCUCAGAGGGAUCCCAGUUCUUCUUAUCCACAGAUGUUUACGUCUUUGGUUCUUCGAGGCCAAAACAUGAAUAAGUAAAACAAAUGUGUGUGUGUGUUUACAACUCACUCUAUCUAAAAUUAUAUAGCCUUAGGUUACCUUCAAUUAAAAUAGAUUGAAGAGUUAACUACUAAUACUCUUGUUAAAUGCCAUUGAGUCCUUUCUUCAGUAAGUAUUUUAGUGCCUAGCAUGGCAAAAACUGUGUUAAGAACUACGGAUAUGGAAAUAAAUAAGACACAUUUGCUUCCCUAAAAGGAAUUCACAAUUUGGUUGGUAGGAGAAACAGCAGACUCAUCCUUAUGUAUCACAUGCCAUAACUGGGUUUAUAGAAACACAGAGAGGUACCUAACAUAGUCUGGAGAAGUUAGAAGAGGUACCUAGAAAAAGUAAUGCCUGAAAUGCAUUUCAAUUGAGGCUAUCAGUGGGAGUUAAGACAUUUCCUUACAGAAUGAGUACUGUGAACAAAGCUCACAAUAGAAAUGGCCUGGGAGCAUGUGUCAAGAAGUAUUAGCCAUUUGUAAGGCAGGAAGUGGUAAGAAUUGAGACCGCUAUUCUAGGAUCUCAGGUACAAAAGGCAGAAGGAGGUUUUAUGUUCCAUGUUUGGGAGCUUGGACUUUGUAUGUAAGCAAGAGACACUAUUAGAGAUUUUUAGGGAAAGAAAAAAUAACUUUUAUUGAGGUUUGGUUUCAUCCAUUUCAUAAUUCAAUUUUGCAGUUUCUAAAGGAUGAAACUGCUGUCAUUAGGAGGCCACAUAAUUUGAAUCUUUGAUCUUCUAUUUUCUGGUCUCAUUCUAGAGCCACUUUUCUAAGAUCUGAUUAUUUCUAUAAAUUACAGUAAUUUACAGCUUCUAAAAAGCUACUGUAUUCUUUAUCAGACCCACCCCAUAAUUACAUGCAUAUGUACAUAAUUUUAAAUGUGUUUUGCUUUUAAUUUUAAUUUUAGGGUUUUUUUUUUUUUUUUUUUUUUGCUAACAAAAUAUAUUCUGUCCCUGUGUUAGUAUUUUUGGUCCAAAUAAAUCAUUUAAAAUACUAUUUUCAGUGUACAGAGUGUAUUGUAAUUUGAUAAGACUUCUUUUAAUUUUUUUUGUCUCAAUAUUUUGAAUAUUAUAAAGCACUACUUCUUCAGAGUUGCAGUGACACUUACCGUUUGGUCCCUGUCACUCACCCUCAGGUAACCUGGCUUGGCAGAAAGUGCUCCAGGGACCCCAGCUGACACUAGUGCUGAGAUUCCAUUCAGGACAAUGGUUUUUUUCCUAUGUCAGUUUGAUGAUAAUUUCACUUGCAAAGCCCAAAGUCUUCAGACCUCAUUUGUUGCCUCCAAACAUUUUCAGGAUGCCAGAGAAUUCGAUUGCCUCUCCUAGAGCCUAGCCCCUGGUGCACCCAGCCUUGCCCAGCCCCAGUUGGCCUGUCCCACAGGUUGGGAAGUGUCUCGGGGGCCAGGAGCAUUUUGCUGGCCCUGAGUCUCUUAAAUUUCCUGCUUCUUAUCAUGACAUCCGCUCUUGCCCUUGAGCAACAAAAGUAGACAGUACCAGUGCCUUAACUUUCUCAAUCUAGAUUUUCAGCUAAGGCAACAUCCAAUUAGUAAUACAGUUAUUAGUAUCUGUGAAUCAAGACAGCAAAUUUUCUAGGAUUUAUUUUUUUAAAAAUCAAAGCUGGAUAAAAGAUCAAGAAGUACCCACAAAUGCUUCAUGUGCUUUCACAAAAAUAAAUUACAAUUCUUUGCUUUUAUGACAACAUAAAAUGUCAUUUUUGUAAUAGAAAUGUUUUAACUUUCAGACUUCGCAACACUGUAAGUAAUUUUAAUAUUGACACAUUCGCAAAACUGUGCUCUUUUUGAAAGUGAAAUCCAACACAGGCGGUAGGGUCUUGCGGUAAUGAUCUGAAACUGUGCUGUCAAUUUAGCCACAUGUGAUUAUUGAAAUUUAGAUUAAAUGAAAAUGUUUUUCUUUAGUUGCACUAGCCACAUUUCAAGUGUCCAGUAGCCACAUGUGUCUUCGUUGCUCCUUUGCCAGACAGCAAAAACUGUUCUUAGGCAUUUCUCUGCCCACCCCACCCCUCCCAAAGACCAGAGAAGCUAUAUUUGGCCAUUUUGAAAGGCUAGUCUUCCAACUACAGAAACUGUACAACAUGGUAGAUGUAGCAGAGUCAGCUUAAAAUUAAUCUUUUUUUCCUAUUGAAUUCCAUUAUAAAACUAGGUCUGUGUUCUCAUAAUAGAAAUCACAUUUAUGAAUUAAAAUCUUUUAAAAUAAUUAUAAUUUGCAGAAACUGCAGUUUUAUAUCUAGAUGUCUAAGUGGUAUUACUGCAGUAGCUUUUUGUGGGACCAGAGAUUAUGUUUGUUUUAUAACUUUCAUUUUAGAAAUUCCUUAGGAACUUUAUCAUUGAAGGAUUUUUGUAAUGGUUAUCCAUUGGUAUGCAGAAAAAUAGUUAUCAUGCAGAUUUUACAUGGUGAUAUGUUUUGUUAUUGAAUGUUAGCUUUCAUAAAGGCAAUAGUACAUUGUGUGCUCAGCAAAUCCUCUAAAAGAGGCGUGGGUUGAUUUCUAAGACGCUAUUAAGAACAUGCCACUUCUAAUUUAUAAGGCCACUCCCCUGAGAUUUACCUAUCCAGUACCAUCUCAUAAAAAUAACUGUUCUAAGUAUGAGAAACUUGUAAAAUGCUGGUAAUGUGACAUAAACUUUUCAUUGUUCCUCAUUGACAUAGGUAUGCUUAUCUGUGUUAUUGAUAAAUUCUAUAACUUCUCCUGAAGUAUUAGUAUAAUUUUAUGUAAUGCACAAACACUAAUUAGUAAGUAAAAGUAAGCUUAUACACAUGGAAAUCUAUCAGAAACUUAUACAAGAUGGAAAUCUAUCAGAAACCUUAGUGGGUGUUUAAUAAAUUAUAUGACCAAAACUGCA